AAUCAGAUUUUCAGAUUUUCAGUUUUACAAUUAUAUUAUAUUAAUAUUUUUAUCGCAAGAUUAUUACGUCUAUUUGAGCAUAUAGACAAUGGAACUUAAGACAAUUUUCAGAAUCGUAGAGCUGGUAAUAUGUGUCGUGCUCUUGGUCCUUUGGUAUGCGUUGAGCGCAUACGCUUCCCGGGUUAUGAUCGUAUGUGGCACCAUUUUCGGUUUCACCAUAAUAACGGCGGUGCUGGUGGCACUUGAGUUCAUGGAAUUCAAUCAGGUGGCGGUGUUCUUGAUCAUUGGCGCCAUUUUGUCUCUCAUCUGUGGUGGAUUGACUAUUGCAUAUCUGCCGGAAUAUGGCGAUGGACGGUUGACUUAUUUUAUUGCAACUGGUCUCUUCAUUGCUAAUGGCGUCAUCUUUUUAAUCGAUUUCAUUAUGGAAUUGAAAAAAUGAAGUCCAGAAGAAAAGAAUCUGUUCGACUAUUGAAUCAGUCGGGCGAUGCCAAAUUGUAAAGAAUGUAAAUUAUAUUGAAACAUGCAUGAAUAUAUUGAUAUAUU